AGAUACCAAAGAAAGAAAGAGGUUUUUAUAUGGCAGCGGUAUUCGCUGGUAGGUCGGUCCUCCGCUCAGCUUCCACCGGCGUUAGGUCAUCGGCGUCUAGAAUCUCCGCCGGUGCUAAACCUAGUUUCACGGGUGCCGCACGUUCUCCGUUCCGCGUCCCGGCUCGAAAUCCCCUAUCUCAUCGCAUUUUCAGGUCACCGGUUGAGAAGAGCUGUGUUGCUUUGGAAUCAAUGCUUCCAUUCCACACAGCCACUGCAUCUGCAUUGCUGACUUCAAUGCUUUCAAGUGCUCCUUAUAGCUGUGGUUGGACCAUUGAUGAUUCCUAGCUCCAAGGUGUUCUUCGAGAUCUAUGUGGUUUUGUUAGAUGUAGCUGAUCAGAUUAGAUGAGUCACAUAUCUGUUGAAACCGAUGGUUCCAUGUCUUACUAUCGAUACUUCUAUUUUGCUCGGCGUGGUGUCUUCUAUGCUCAAUGGAGCUGCGGUUGAACCCUUUUGAUCCAUAUUUGAUUGCAAAUUCCUUUUCUCGUAACCUUUUCACAAGCAGUGGUUUUUAUGGAAAACCUCUCUACUCUUGCUUCUUAGAAUAGAGUUAGGGUCUGUCUAGACCCUACUUCGUGUGCGAUUUACCAGGUUCAUUUGGUAUGGUUUGGUUUUGAGUAUAGUGACCAUAACUCCUUUACUACUGAAUGUCAUCCGAAAAGGAAUGCAAUAUUGUGUACAAUGACUUAUCCCCCCAACGUAAACCGAAAGGUAUUGCUACAUUGUGUUGGGGUAUUAUAUGUCAUGUGUUGUGAUUCUAAGCCUCCAUGUAGCUAAUUAGCAAAAUGAUGAAAGGUGUACGUACAUCUGGCUCCCAAGACCCUAUUUUUGGGUGGGAUA